GUGGCCUAAAGCUGUAAAAGACAAAAGGGGGAGCCUGCGAUGGUUUCGUCCGCUUGUUUCUUAUGUAUAAACCAAAGCGCUUGAGAGAUAGAGCCGUCAGCGAUAACGCCAAGUAUUACUAUUCAUUUUAUAGCGGAUAUAUAAAAGAGACUGCAGAGGCGGUUAGUGAACACUGUUCAGGAAAAUAUCUCCUCCCUUUGAGUUGUAAGUGGUACGAUCCGAGCAAAGAUCUACGUCACCCAUUGUUUACAAACCCAGCAGGGCCGGUAGGAGCCUGGCGGUGGAGGUGUCUGCGCUCUUCUCUCUCGCCAUGCCGUGCCGUAAGGAGAGCUUCCUGCUGCUCGAGCAGUCGGUCUCCGUGGACUCCAAGGAGGUGGACUCCCUGGUCGCCCGCAUCGGUGAAGCCCUGCAGCUCAAUGCCCACCGGGCGCCCACCUCCUGCAGCAUGGCUCUGAAGCCUCCGCCUCCGGCCAUCACCCGGUCCCCGGCCGCCAUGUGCUCCUGUGUGCGGGGCAGGACUACACCAUACCGGGUAUGCACCCCGAGGGGAGCCGCACGCUACCACCACCAGCACACGGGGGGCGCCAGGCACUGCCUAGGGGGCACCAAGCAGCUCUGUGGCCGGGGCUGGGUACGGGGGAGCUUCAGGAAGCACGGAGGGCAGGACGUGGAGGAAGGAGACGACGGGGAGGACCCGCACCAGCUGCUGCAGGAGCUCCUGCUCUCCGGGAACCUCAUCAAGGAGGCCGUGCGGAGGCUGAACCUCACCGGGGAGGGCACAGCGCCCUGCAAGGUGCCCGAGGCCACCGAGACCCUGGUGCAGUGAGAGGGGCACAGAAUGGAGAGGGCGAGGGGCUCACGAGGGGUGUCUGUGCCAGGAUGUGGGGGACAGCAGAACCAUCACUGGUGCCCACUCUACCAGGAUGAAAAUAACAUCACAGCCAUCACUGGUGCCCACUCUACCAGGAUGAAAACCCCAUCACAGCCAUCACUGGUGCCCACUCUACCAGGAUGAAAACCCCAUCACAGCCAUCACUGGUGCCCACUCUACCAGGAUGAAAACCACAUCACAGCCAUCACUGGUGCCCACUCUACCAGGAUGAAAACCCCAUCACAGCCAUCACUGGUGCCCACUCUACCAGGAUGAAAACCACAUCACAGCCAUCACUGGUGCCCACUCUACCAGGAUGAAAACCCCAUCACAGCCAUCACUGGUGCCCACUCUACCAGGAUGAAAACCACAUCACAGCCAUCACUGGUGCCCACUCUACCAGGAUGAAAACCACAUCACAGCCAUCACUGGUGCCCACUCUACAAGGAUGAGGAGCACCUUAGAAUCACCACAUCUGUGCCAGGAUGAGAUCACACCAGAACUAUCCCUGGUGCCCACCCUGCCAGGAUAACAUCAGAAUCACAUGACAUGCCCACUCUAAGAUGGGCACCUUACUCUCUACACACAGAAUGUCCUGCAGGAACCUUGGUCUGUCAUGCAAGAACCAGAAGUGGGCACAAUGCUUUGCUACAUUGUUGAUGAUGGUGCUCAUCAUGGAACCCAUAUUGGAGCACCACUACCUAAUGGUACCAUUCAUGGCCAACUCUUCCAAUGCCGUCCUCACUAGGGGUGACCCUUGCCCUUACUCUAAUGAAGCGGACUAUAGUGACUUUCUACUCCUCCUAGACCUUGUGAGGGGGGCGGAAGAAACCCCCCCCCCCCCCCCCCCCAAAUCUGAUCAAAGAUUUUCUUAUUUGCUAAAAGGGACACCUCAGCCAGAAGGCUCCUUCCCUGGUGGCCUCAUCGGCCCCCCAAGAUCAUCAGGAUCUAUGAGCUCAGGGGUCCAGAUUUGCUCUUCUCACCAGCUGACUCUUAUGUCUAUACAAACCCCCCACAGUGUAUUUAGGGGGGUUGUUAUACAUUUUAUAGUGACCCCCCCCCCCCCUUUUGUCAUGAUCAUGUACAAUUCUACAAGGAGCUGGUUGCAUGUUGUGGAAUUUUACCCCCUUAUUUUGAUUUGAAGCAAAAAAAACAAACAGUUUACAAGAUACUUGAAGAGGGGGGGGGGGGGGGGGGUCCCAAACACCUAAAAUUCGAACAAUGCACAGGAAGCAUUGUUUUAUUUUUAUUUUUUAAUUUUUAUUACUUUUUUUUUUUUUUCUAGGAAUCAAAAAUAAUUUUUACAUUUUAUUUUGAUAUAACGUGUUACAGGCACAAGGUUUGUGUGCCGCUACAGUCAAGUCAUCCCAAAGGAUCCUGGGGGGAGGGGAGGGAGCGCCCGUCUCUCCACAUAUGUUUUCCUUAUUUGGUGUUACGUAAUUGUUCUCGGCUUCUUGUUUACAGUUUUUGGGGCUGGUGCUUUUGGAUCCCGUUGUUAUUGUUUUGCCUGGCAUAGCUUGUUGGCAUUGGUUGCGAAGGUCAAAUUUUUUUUUUUUUUUUUUUGGCGUGAUCAGUCGCGCACAGCCUGAGAUAACCCUUUAAUAUGACAAGCUCAAUGUGAACCUUGCCACACGUGUGCUGCGGCCAAAUAGGAUCAUAGAAUAUUUAAUUUUAAUCUAGCGUUUGGUUUAUUUGAAUGGGGGGUGGAUUCACCGCGCAACCUGGUAUUGGGGUAGAUUUAUGAGUUUUGCGCCAAAGUCAGGAUACAUCUGGAUUAUAUGUUAAGGAAGUGUUUCCCAACCAGGGUGCCUCCAGCUGUUGCAAAACUACAACUCCCAGCGUGCCUGGACAGCCUUUGGCUGUCCAGGCACGCUGGGAGUUGUAGUUUUGCAACAGCUGGAGGCACUCUGGUUGGGAAACACUGUUAUUGGAAAUGUGAUUGUGGUCGAAUAGGAAAGUAGAAAUUGUGUUAUUUUUAUUUUUUUGUAAAAAAUGUUUAUAAUAUAGGUUUAUAUAAUUUUUUUUAUUAAUUUGGAGAAAAAAAACUAGCUUUUUUUCAUAGAUCUUCCAGCCUGUGAAUAAUACAAAUUUUAUUUUUAGAUUUUUUUUUUUUUCUCCAACCAUUGUUUUUCUUAGGUCUUUGUCUGUAAUGCGUCCCAUUGUUCUAAGCAAGAUAUGACACCUAAAGGCUGCAUUUCAUAUAGUGGAGCUCUGCAUCUGCUAUUGUGAUGGUGUUUUCUCAGUCGUGGCGUUAUUGUUUUUUUUUUUUAUUAUAUA